CUAUUGCAGCAAUGCCGUUUCACCAUGCAUCGUCACAGUCGCUCAGAGCAUGUCAAGCGAAGCACAAGCCGGUGAGAAAUAAAGCCAACAAAAAGCAAUCACAACAAAACAACUAAAAAUAGAAGAAAAGUCAACAUGCAAGAACGAAGGCCCUGAGAAUAAUCAUCAAAACUCCAAUCAAAAUACCAGCUAGAGAGAUUCACGAUAGACCUUAGCCCAAAACAACCUAGUAAAUGCAUCGGUGCGUACUAAGUUGCCAACAAGAUGCGAUCAAGAGCCUUCCACCAAAUUGCCAAAUAAAAGAUUAGAAUACCUUCCCGGUCCAGCAAAGAAACUCCCUUCUAAAUACACAUAUCUCUUUCUCGUUAAGCGGAGGACACGUGUGAGGUUCCAAACCUUGUCCUGACGCUGACCAGUCCAGUCCUCUUUGGCCUCAUCGAAGAACCGGAUUGGAAUUUGAGUUUCUAGACUCAAACGAAAGUCGCCCCUUUUGAUUUUCGAUAAUAGUAGUGACAACAGCCUCUAACCCGUCUACGCACACUUCUGCUUCAUUGGUUGUUGGGAGUCUUUCUUUUCCUUCUUCUCCUCCACUUUUUAGUGUUUCUGAACAAGCAAACUGCUGCUUCGUUACCUCUGCUGCUUUUGGCGUUCCAGCAAACCAACAUGGUGGGUUUGCCUUUUCCUCCUGGUCUUGUAUCCAUCAUGGACACUGUCGGCCCAACAUGGCUGACAUCCGUCUUUUCUGGUAUCAUAAUGUCCAUAAUUGUUUAUAAACUAACAGGUUUUCUUAGCCUGUUGUGCUUCAAAGGAUAUGACAAACUCAGCAAAGCAGAACAAGUUGAAUGGAACAACCGGGGGUUCUCUACAUUUCACGCUCUUAUUGUAGCAUCAGCAUCUUUCUACCUCCUGCUGUUAUCAGGUCUUUUCGAUGAGGGUUCCCAGGAUGACUUAAUCAUUAAUAGAAACUCAAUUGUAUCAAACUCUGUAUUGGGGAUCUCUGUUGGCUACUUUCUGGCAGACAUGUCAAUGAUACUCCGGAAUUUCCCAGCUUUAGGUGGUCUGGAGUAUGUCCUGCACCACGGACUAUCAAUGUAUUCGAUAUUCCUCUCCCUCAUAAGUGGUCAAGCACAGAUUUACAUACUAAUGGUUCUCUUCUCUGAGGCAACAACUCCUUUUGUAAAUUUAAGAUGGUAUUUGGAUGUUGCUGGCAAGAAGAGCUCUAAAAUGUACGUCUGCAAUGGAAUUCUGUUGUUCCUGGGGUGGUUGGUUGCAAGGAUUCUUCUGUUCAUAUACUUCUUUACUCACAUGUUCAUCCACUUUGAUCAGGUGAAGAAAAUAUUUCCAUUGGGUUUCUAUAGCAUAAUUUCAGUGCCUCCUCUAUUGGCAGUGAUGAAUUUGGUUUGGUUUUGGAAGAUAGCAAAAGGUUUGAUCAAAACUCUUUCUAAAGCAAAAAGACAGUGAGUGAUUUUGUUCCAGUGGUGGCCUUGCACUUUAUUCAUUUAUAGAAAAAAAAAAAAUUUUGGAACAAUCAAUUACUGUGGAUGAUUAGUGCUCUGCUUUAUCAUUGUUGUUGUUGUUCUACCAAAUGUACAUUUCAUUUGAUUGUUA